GCUGAAAAGUUCGAAGCUUUCUCAUUUUCACGAACAAGAAUAGGGACUGAAAAAAGCACCCAAAUCAUGGCCCUGCCGGAAACCCUAGAUUCUCCGCAAUCAUCCGCUUCUUCUUCAGAUCCACAACUAUCGAGGAACUUGUCGUCCAGCCGUCUCAACGCCCAAGCGGCUGAAUUCGUGCCUACUCGCUCGACGCCUCAGCAGCAGCAGCAGCAGCAGCAAAGUCUGAGGAUGAUGAUCCCUCCUCCUCCGCCCCUUGGGAUGAUGCACGUGUAUUCUCCUCCUCCUCCGCCGGGCACGGGUUUCCACCUCCCCGUGCCUGUGCCACCUCACUUGGUUCCAGUUCAUCACAUGUCUAUGCGAAAUCAUCACCCUAAUCCUUACCACAACCAUCAUUAUCGAGAGCAAGAAACUGAAGCUGUUGCGAAGAACGAUCAGAAGGAGCACAAGGAUCAUGGUACAGCUUCCUCCAAAAAGGGACUAUCCGAAGAAGCUACGCUAAAAAUUUUGAAUCAGGUUGAAUACUACUUUAGUGAUUUGAACUUGGCCACGACGGAUCAUCUCAUGAGAUUCAUCAACAAGAAUCCUGAAGGUUAUGUGCCAAUAUCUGUUGUUGCAUCCUUUAAGAAGAUUAAAGCCCUUGUAACAACUCAUUCCCAGCUAGCUACUGUUUUGCGGAACUCGUCAAAGCUUGUAGUGAGUGAAGAUGGAAAAAAAGUAAGACGCCUGCAUCCCCUUACUGAAUCAGAUAUGGAAGAGUUGCAAUCUCGUAUAAUUGUUGCUGAAAAUUUGCCUGAGGAUCACUGCCAUCAGAACCUCAUGAAGAUUUUCUCUGCUGUUGGGAGUGUGAAAACAAUUCGUACCUGUCAGCCUCAACCCUCUGGUGGUGGGUUGUCUUCAGCAUCUAGGUCAACAAAGAGUGAUGGCAUGCAUUUUAGUAACAAGUUGCAUGCAUUUGUUGAAUAUGAAUCUGUGGAGUUGGCUGAGAAAGCUGUUGUUGAGCUUAACGAUGAGGGAAAUUGGAGUGGCCUUAGGGUCCGUCUAAUGCUUCAAAAUGCAUUGCAACCAGUUUAUGCAAAAGUGAAAAAGGGCCAUGGUGGAAAAGGUCAUUGCGAGGAAGAUGAAUUUUCUAAUACUGAGAUGCAUUCAAAUGAGAAACAAGAAGAUCCUUCUCAGUUAUAUGAUAUUCGUUCACAUGGGAAUCCUGGUGAGGAGCAUCCUAAUGACAAAGAGGGUGGGCAGAAAAAAGGGAGAAACAGGAGCCGGGGCAAAGGACGGGGACGGACUCAAUACCAUAUUAACCAUCAUAAUAGUCAAGGAAAUCACGUAGGCACUCCAGCGUCAAGUAAUUGGGUCAGUAAUGAGCAAGCUACUAUAGCUAAGCAGCCUCCUGGUCCUCGUAUGCCAGAUGGCACGAGAGGAUUUGCUAUGGGUCGGGGGAAGCCAGUUGCUGUCAAUACUGCAUGAAUAUCUACGCUGCUGCGUAAUCGUGCAACUUUGUGCAAUGUUAUAAAGGGGUAGGGGGAGGUGUGCUAAAAAAGUGGUGUCGGGUGGCAGACGGGUUUUUGUUCUAUGGCAGGUACAUGUAGCUAAUAAGACCAUUUUCCUCUGAUUUUGUAUUGUGCGGGUAUGGAAGAUGCAAAAACAUAUGCAUAUCUUAUGUCUUCUUUUUUUCUUUUAAUAUUUUUGGAUGUUAGAUUGGGUUGAUGUAGUGAGUAGAUGACAAAUGCCCCAUAUAUAAUGAAUGAAUAAGCAAUAAUAGUACUCGUUAUGAUAAA